AUGGGAAUCGAAGCUGAAAUCGAUAACUCGAGAAGCGAGAUUGCCGAAAAUUUUAAGGAUGACAUUAUCUGUUCCAUUUGUUGCUAUAUUUUCGAGGACCCAGUUAUUCUCGAUUGCUGUGGUGGGCACCUCUGUUCGAAAUGCUUUCAAGAUGUUCGAAGCCGUUUUUCCAACUGCCCACUCUGCCGAAAAGCUAAAUUCACUGCUAAACAGUCACGAUUGAUGGCUACUGUUUUGAGCAAAGUGAAGCUCUUAUGUCCCGCUGAUGAGUGCCGCAUGUCCGUUCCCUUUGAAAAAUUCGAAGAGCACAAACGGAGUUGUCUAGCUUGGAAUAAGAAAACAUGCCCUGAAUGCAAGAAAGUCAUGUCGAUGAACAAGUUCCAUGAGCAUUUCGUCUGUUUCGAAAAGCGAAUGAAAUUGAAGGAUUCAACUGAGCUAGAAAGAAAAGUAAUUGCUCAGAAAAGGGAGAUUAACAUUCUUUUAACGAAAAAUAAUGUCAACUCUACAAAAAUUAAGAAAAUGGAUGGGCUCAUGAGUGCUCAAGUGACAAAAGUCGCGACACUUAUGAAGGAGCUUGCCCGAAAAGAUCGAGUUAUUCUAGAAAUACGAAAUGAACACAAGAAGGAACUCCUCAACCUAGAAAAUCAGUUUCAUGCGAAAACAGCUCAACAGGACACUUUGGAUUCUUUGCGAACGAAAAUUGAGCGACAGCGAGUUGCGAUUACAGGACUUCAUCAGUGCGUGAAUAGACUGAAGGAUUCUCAUCAGAAAACAUUGCUUCAACAUAAACUUGCGACACGAAAUUUAGAAUCAGACCUUUUAAAAUCGAAAGCUCUUCUGGGCGAAGAACAAAAAAAACUGCAGAAACAAUUGCAAAUAAAUGAAGAUCACGAAAAUAAGCUUAAAAUAAUGACCAGUGGAAGAAGCCGACUGUUAGCCGCUGACCAACUUGCUACAGAAAGGGUGCAAGAAAAGCUUACACAGCAAAGUCAAAUAAACGCAGAUCUUCAAGAUGAGCUUAAAAAGAUGACCUAUGAAAAGAACUCACUUUUGAACAAUGCCAGAUAUGCAAGGUUGAAUUCAGUAUAUUUGGAAUCGGAAUUUGAAGACCAAAAACGCCGUAUUAUCGCUUUGGAACAUGCCGAGAAAGUUGGACAAGAACAGAUGCGCAAACUCAAAGAAGAAAAUGUUCUUCUCAAAGACGAAAAUUCAAAACUCUCUGCUCAAACUCCAAAGAAGGGUUUUAUGUCUUCAAUCUUCAAAAAAUGUAAAUAA